AUGGCUUCUGCUUCUAGAGGACUUCCAGGAUUUCUGAGGCGGUCUCUGCGAGCUGAGUUAUCUGAAGAUAGCGAUGCCGAAGAUUUGGAUCCGGAUGACCAAGAACAGUCUCAGUCUUCCCUUCCUAAUGAUGCUACCCAGCAACCCGGCAAAGACCAGCUGGACCCUGCGACGUCUCCAGACAGCACUCAAGAAUCCAUCAGCGACAGCGUGACAUCCUUUGCAGCCAAUAGCUCGGUUUCGUCGAGAGCCUCCAUGCCGCCGUUGUCCAGCAGCUCGACUCCGUUGAAGAAUCAUAGAAGUGCCGUACCACCACCACCACCACCCACGGCUCCUCUUAGUCGGCAAUCCAGCGAGCCACAACAGCCACGCAGCUCGCAAGACGAAGGCACAGCCACACUGAAAAGGUCCUCCACUGUGGUCCCCAAAUCAACCGACAAUCUGCAUGGAGAGAAAUCUAGUAGGCCCAAGACAUAUCGAGAAACCCAAUUCGAAAAGAUCUAUGCUGCCAACGUGAUUUCCAUGAACGAUCUUAAAUCGGUUGCUUGGAAUGGAAUUCCGCCACACUUCCGCCCUCAAUCCUGGAAAAUCCUGCUGGGGUAUCUUCCUACCAAUGCUUCUCGUCGACAACAUACACUGCAGAAAAAGAGAGCCGAAUAUCUAGAUGCUGUGGCACAACACUAUGACAUUGACGACAAUAGCCGAACCAUGCAAGAGCAAGAAGUAUUACGGCAAGUACUGGUGGAUGUGCCAAGAACGGCUCCCACCGUUAAGCUGUUCCGAAAUGAACGCAUCAAGAGUCUCUUGACGAGAAUACUCUACAUUUGGGCCAUGAGGCAUCCGGCAUCCAGCUACGUUCAAGGCAUCAAUGACCUGGCUAUGCCCUUGAUUGUCACAUACCUCACAAUGGACGACUACGACCCGUCCACAGACAACAACAAUCACAAAGCUGUUGACAACAACAACAACCAAGAAGUAGCAAGCAAAUCUGACAGCAAAGAUAACAUUGAUUACACUGCUGUGUUGGAGGGAACAAUAAUGGACACAGUCACAGAUGAACAACUUCAAAAGGUUGAAGCAGAUGUCUAUUGGUCAUUGACAAACUUGUUGGCUGGGAUCCAGGAUCAUUACACAUCAGAUCAACCUGGUGUGCAGCGCAUGGUGCUGCGACUGGAAGAGUUGGUAAACCGAAUCGAUGCCGAUCUAUGUGCUCAUCUUCGUGACACGGGAAUUGAAUUCAUGCAAUUCGCUUUCAAAUGGAUGAACUGCUUGUUGUUACGUGAAUUCAACCUCAAAUGUGUCAUUCGACUGUGGGACACAUACAUUAGUGAAGAGGAUGGCUUUGAGGACUUUCAUGUCUACGUCUGCGCGGCGUUUCUGUGUCAGUUCAGUAGUCGAUUACAGACCAUGACGUUUGACGAGCUGUUUGGAUUCAUGCAGGGUAUACCGACUGAAGACUGGGGCGACACGGAAGUUGAGAUGCUUCUCAGCCAGGCUUACGUGUUGAGCACUCUAUUCGGAGGCAGUGAUGCUCAUCUGGCAGCAAACAGCACCGACAAUUGAUUUGCAUAAAAGAGCAUCGAUUUGAGAAAGAAUUUUCGACGUUCAUGGCAAUGCGCCAAACAUGGACUCGAACUAGUGGUUGCGCUUGGCAACGCAACAGUCCGGUUGAUAAGACCUACUAGUACUAGUAUCGUCAUCUCACCGACCGUACCAUGAAGAGGAAUCAGCCGUUCAGCCUUGCUUCCAAUGACGC